CUUAUUGAUCAAUCUCUCUUAAUUAUCUCUGCCUGCCUGGUGAUCAUAACCCUUUCCCUCCAAACUCUUAGCGAUUGGUCGAGAUUUAGAAACUUUUGUGUAUUUUUUUGUCGGAGCUUCCAAUUAAGCACCUCUAUGUUUCUUCUAUCCCUCUUUUCAUUGAGAAGCACGUUAUCCCUUGUACCUUAAUUGUUUCAUCUUUGCAAGUGGAAGAAGAAACCCUCCCCAACCCCCUGCCCAGUCCUCUCCCAUGGCUAAGGCAGCAGGAGCACAGGCAUCAGAGGCAGGGAAGGACGAAGGAGCACCGUUGCCAAAAUUCGGGGAGUGGGAUGUGAAUAACCCAGCCUCAGCUGAAGGCUUCACAGUCAUAUUCAACAAGGCAAGAAACGAGAAGAAGACAAAGGCUGGUCCUGUCAAAAUUAAUUCCCAAAAUGCUAACAAUAAUGAAUCUCCUACAUUCAACAAAAAUCAACCUUAUCAACCUCCCGAAUCUUCUCGCAACAAGUGGCUUUGCUGUGGUUGAGAAAUCUGCUUGCAGUUCAAGCAUGGUAUGCGGAUCAGAGCUCAGAAGUGAAUGUAUAGAAGCUGUACGCGGACGAAGCAGUUAGGUCAACUAAUUAAUUCGUGAAUGAGUCAGGGACAUAUAGCUGUACGUUGCAGCCUUGCAGGAUUUGCAAAUUUUGACAAUAUGGAUGGAGAAGGGGUGCCGUUCAUUAUUAUAGACCACUCUCCAUUAAUCUCUCUGGUUUCUUGUCCAAAUUAAGUUUAAUAUUCUGAAACCAUUUGAUCUCUUGCAGUAACUUUUCUUCAGGCAGUUUCCUUUGGAUAUGCAGCAUUCAGAAUCCUAUGGAGUAGUCUACUUUAAUUUGUUUCUGAUAAUUUUGUGUUGUAAGGGUGAAGAUGCAUGUGCAUAUUUAAUUUGAAGUAGCUAG